AACCCAGCAUCCCUCUCGGUGUGAAACAACGACUGUUAACAGAGUUUCCCUUCUCGUUGUCGUUACUUUACCUGUCUCAAAGGUUUAUUUAAAAUGUAAUCAGGUUCAUGGAAAUAAUUGUUUCUUUCUACUGACACAAGUCCUAACAGGAAAUAAUGUUUGUGGACAACGUAGGUAGGUCGCCCUCCUUAGCUGGUGGAGAGCUUUACCGCUGGAAGAGGCGGACGCCGAGCACUUUUGGCAAAACAAAGCCCCAUUUAACCAAUGAUGAUGUUGAGAACUGGAUACAGAAGGUGGAGCGAGCUUCUGAAUUUGCUGUGUCUGAAGUAUUUUCAGUCAGAAAGCCCUCUACCUCUGCAAAGUUACGAAGUCAUCAAAUGGCUCUGGAGAGCACCGAUCAGCUGCAUGAUCAUGAUGAUGCUUACUUUGAAGCACGAGAUCUGCUGGAUAACUGGAUGACCUCUAAACUUAGGCUGGAUCUUGAAGUUGAUGAUGACAAUUUGGCCAUAAGCUCUAAAGAUCACAGUUUAGAGACCGAAAGCCAGCUUCUCACAGAGAAAGUCUCUCCCUUACAACAGUACAAUAAAUUUGAUGAUCUGUACAGCCACUUAGAACAUGAGGCAGAUACUGCUACAGUACACAGUUUCUUACAGGAGUUAAUGGCAAAGGAAGUGGCAACUUCUGGUAUCUUGGAAGACCAUCGAAUGGAUAAGGAAGAAAAGCCAAAGAAAGAUCCCCGCUUGAUAAUGGAACUGAGGCAUCAGCAGGUGAAGGAAAGUCGACAAAGACGACAGGCUGAGCUUGAGCAGCAACGUCGAGAGAAACUCAUGAAAAAAGAAGCACAUGCCGAGGCUCAGCGUUUGUUGCAGGAGGAAGAGCGCCUGAGGCAGCUGGCAGCACGCAAACAGGAGGAAGACAUCCAGAGAGAAGUGGUACGGCUUCGUAAAGAGAUGGCUGAACAGAGGAGGAUUAUGGAGAAGGCCAAACAACAAGAACGAGAAAGAAGUCACUUGGGAAAGACUGCCAUGGAAAAAGCUGCCCAGGAAAGGACUACUCUGGUUUCUCAGGCCUUGUCCAGUGAUAGCGUCCGAUACCUUCAAGUGAAUGCUGCAAAACAGCGGGAGGUGGAAAUGAAAAUUGAAGUUCGAAAUCUGAGAUGUUUGCAGAGGCAUUUUUCUGCAUGGUAUAAGCUCGUUCUACAGCAACGAAUGAAGAUGGGAAAAGCAGGAGCACUAUGUGACUGGAGAAGGCAGCUACGUACAUUUCGGGCAUGGAGGGCAUACGUAUGGACUAGGAAAGUAGAAAAGGAAUCCCAGCAGACUGAAGUUCAGCUGCGUGAUGAUAAUAGAAAACUGCAGAUGGCAGUAGAAAAUGAUCGUCAACGCAUCCUGAGACAAUGUUUAAAUGACUGGCAGAUCUGGUGCAAAGCUGAGCAGGAAAAAAGAGAAAUGCGGAAGAGGAAAGAAGAAACUAAAAUAAAAAUGGCAGCUUUCCUUGAAGCUGCAUCUUCAAGAAAGUUUCACGUAGAAACUAUUACUGAUGAAAUAGAGCAACUAACACUUCAAUCUAAUGAACAGCAGACCCCAAAUAUAACAAAAGAGGAGCCUCUGCCUGUUCCUGCAAAACCUUUGUUACACAACAGACAUGGCACCCUUCCAAACAAGCCUCAACAAGCGUGGCAGGUCACCAAACGGCAUGCAGGCCUUACUGCGGCUGAUCUGCAUCAGACUGAGGCACAGCAAACGGCUGAAACAACGGUUCGCAGUGGGAAAAAACGGGUCGAGGUAAAUGGCAGCAACUUUGAGAACAGACAUGCCUUUCAAAGACAAAUGAUCGAAGAGCAGAAGCGACAACUCCAUGAACAGAAAGAGAUGAUCUUGGAGCUGCAGGAAAACCAACGCUUGAUUAUGCUUAGGCAGGAAGCAGAGCGGGCCACUGCUGUGACAAAUGCUCUAGUGACGCCAAGGAUGGCAAAAAUCCCUGCCAGCAAAUAUGUUCCUCACAGCAAUAUCCAGAAUAGCAAUGAAAAAAUCUUGGAUGAAACCAGCUCUCCUGCUUCAAACCAUGGGCUCCUCACAGAAGCUAAGAAUGGUUCACCACAAUUGAAAGUGGCAAACCAGUAUUUGGCACCAACUCAUCCUGUGGUUAAAGCUAUGGAAGAAAGAGCAAAACAGCGUGCCGUAAGAAAAAGAGAAAUAGAGGAGCUGAAGAGAAGAAAAGAAGACGAAAAGUUGGCCCAGUUGCAGGCAGCAGAGGAAGAAAGACGGCAGAAGGAGGAAACAGAAAAGGAAGCCCAGUUAGAAAGGAGACGUGAAGAAAAAAGACUAAAGAAACAGAAAGAACAGGAAAAACAAAAGAGGCUGGAGAUGCAGCAAGUAUUGCAAAAGAAAGCAGAUGAGUAUUAUCACCACUGUCUUCUAAAAAACAAAGGUUUGAAGCCAUGGAAAAGACUCCUGGAACUCUCUAAGGAAAAUGAAGAGGUAGCAAAGAAUCACUACACUUCAGUAGUCCUUCAAAAAUAUUUUCAGUACUGGAAGCAGGCAGUGAACAACAUAAUAGCUGAGAAGGUUGCUCGAGCAAAUGAUUUUUAUGAGCAUCUGCUGCUGCAGAGAAGUCUUACUAAUUGGAAAAGGUAUAAGACAUACUUGUGGAUACUGGAAGAGAAAGCUACCAGAUACUGCAAUCGGUCUUUAAAAAAGAAAACUUUGAAAAUUUGGGUUGAGUUCACGAAGGACGAGUCAACUGCCAUGUGGCAAAAGCAACAAGCUGCAGAACAAUAUUGUCAAAGGAGGCAAAUACUUACUCCCUUCCGAGCCUGGCGAAGGUUUCCUAAAUUCUUGAAAGAAGAAAGACAAAAGGAAGAAAGAAUGGAAAAACUUCGUAAGAAGGUGGCAGAGAUUCUUCCGGAUUUUGGCUCAUGAAAGGUCUGUGUCCAGCAAGCCUUACAAUAUGAGCCAGAACGUGUUUCUUUUCAUGAAAAUCAAAUACCAUAUUAAUGAACUGUGUCUGACAUGGUAAUUGAACAUUUGCCUUAACUGCAGGCAGCUACAGUGACUAAAGCUUUGGACUUAAACCCAGAGAUGGUGGAUUCAAAUCCUACAACUGACACUGUGUGACCAUAAGUAUGUUAUUUCACCUGC